AACCGGUUCAUUCCUCUCUACAUUCAUACUAAAAAUGCGUCCUAUACAUUUUGUAAAAAUUUUACUUUUAGUAGCAUUUUUUAAAUUAUCAUUUGCAGAACCCGAUUCUGCCAUAAUACCGCCAUUGUUUCGAUUCGACAGUUACGAACAACAACCUGGAGUGUUCUGCAAUGUGGCUGUACAUUUGAAGCCAACUGAAAAGGACCUCGUGAAAUCGAAGCGACUCAUAGUAGUUUUUCAACGAACUUAUUUGGAGUGGGGCAUUUAUGUUAAAAAUUGUGAACAUGAACUGGCUAAUAUUAGCAGAGAAAACCAACAGCAGUUAUAUUAUCCAGCGUUCCCGAUUGAUAUCCUGUACAUAAAGUUGGAUUCCUACUUCGACGAUCAAACGAAGCAGUUUAAUAGGAAAUAUGAAACAUUAAUGAAUAUUUGUGUCAAUAAUCGAUUAAAACUCGAUUACAAUCUGACUGAGCGUAGUUACUCUGAAAUCCAGUACUGCCUAACAAACGACUCAUCGGAUCCACAGUUCAAAAUAGACUGGUGGACGAUCGCUUUUCUGCUAAUAACUUUCACUUUAAUUGCUAUCGUUUUGAUUGCCAGUAUGAUUGAUUUCUCCAUGGUUGAUAAUCGUACUAAAGAUAACCUUAUCGUCGCCCACUUCGCUAUUCGCCGAAAUUGGUCUCACCUGCUGAAGGAACCGAAAAGCAAACUGUACCAAGAUUUCGGAUACAUCGACGGACUCCGGUUUUGCGUUAACAUCUUCACUAUAUUCGUUCACUGUCUAGUGGUUGGUGCAGUGCUUCCUCUAAACAACCCUGAAAAAAUGGAAAUGAUCUUCAAAGCACCAAUUACUUUAAUCAUCAUCACAAUCGGUCCCGUGAGCGUGCAAUGCUUUUUCGUCAUAACCGGAAUGCUACAGAUGGCGAACUUUUUGAAAGACAUCCAAACGAAACCUAAAUUCGAGGGAAGCUAUUUCCGAUCAAAAGUCAUCAAUCGAUUAAUUCGAUUGUUUCCGGUUUAUUUAUUCUACCUGCUGUUCUCGAUUGUCGCCGAUUCUCUUCCCGGUGUGGUUGUAAGUCCUACUGGGUAUAGAACACUGGUCGCGGAACGAUUCAUUUGUCGCCGCCACGGAUGGAAGAACUUGCUUUUCAUUAACAACCUUCCUGAGUCAACAGAAAGUUGCUUCAGGCAUGGCUGGUAUCUGGCUGCUGAUCAGCAAUUGUUUCUCAGUUCACUAAUUUUAUUCGCAUUAAUCUGGAAGUUCCCAAAUAAAUCCAAGUUUCUGCUCUGGGUGGUAACAACGGCUUCGGUAAUCGUUCCUGCAAUCAUCGGUUACUACCAGGAAUUACACUCUUUGAUACCUAUCAAUAUGCCACAAAUGCGAACGCUGUAUUAUUAUGAACCUUGGUUCUAUCACGUUUAUCAACCAGGGUACACCAAUAUGAACGCCAUUAUGGUUGGGGUAAUUGCGGGAUAUUUGUAUCAUCAUUCUAGAAGGAGAAACAUAAAUUUGCUUAAAUCAUCGACUUAUAAAUUGAUUCGGCGAGCUACAUUUCUUACGGCUCUGUUUUUGGUCGGAUCAGUACCUUUGCUUUACGAAUAUGAAAUACCGGUUCCUUCUUUACUGAACACAAUUCAUUUUGUGUUGCUUCACAAUUGCAGUAUUGUGGCAGUCAGCCUUUGCUUUAUCCAUUGCUUCGAAAAUCCAGCAGGUCUUUUUAGACGCAUUCUAAACUCCCGAUUGCUAACUUCCCUGGGCAAGCUAUCGUACAGCGCCUAUGUGCUUCACGUUCCUUUGCUGCGGCUGAUAUUAAACUACGCUCCUGAACCUGUAGAAAUGUCGUACUCCAAAACACUUCUAUUGUGCACUGGAAUUGUUUUUGGGACUUAUCCACUAGCAUUAGUAACAUACCUUGUGAUAGAACAACCCUGCAGUCUUUUGCUUAAACACUGGUACCAAGGAAAAAAUUCGGAGAAAAAGAAAUAG